GAAUUAAUAAAGUAAAAAAAGUUUUAGUAGAAAGUUUUAAGAGAGAAAGUAUUAAAUGAUACGGGUGCAAUUAAUGAAUGCGUGCGGCCAGGUCUAUAAAUUGAGGAGAUGGUGGUGUGCAUUAUUAUCAGAACCACAUAUAAUUUAAUCGUUCAUCAUCGAGAGAUAGGAUUAAUCUAAAGCAGUCCAGAUCGAAGUGUUGCUGGCGAUCAAUCAUGGCAACCAACGUGUUCGGAACGCCAGUGACAGACGCGUCGGUUCGGCUAGUGUUCCCAAACCUGCGGCCUGAAGAAAUAACGGCGACGCUGAGAGCGCAGGUGGCGCUCCGAGACAUGAACGCCAACAACAGGGCGGACAACGCCAGCACCUACGUCCACAACCUCAAGGACGCUUACGGCACCGGAACCACCACCCUGGUCACCUUCUUCAACGCCACCGGCGGCGACCUCUCCUUCGUCCGCUACCACUCUUGGGAAGGCAGCGUGUGGCGGUACCCGGUCCCCCACCUCAUCCAGAACGGCCAGUGGGGCGCCUUCCUCCACGUCCGCGACCGCCUCAUGGGCCCUUCCAAAGCCGCCCUCAUCUUCUCCGGCUUAAACCACGCCGGAGUUGCUUGUGAUUGGUUGCUUGCUUGGAACACGCCUCGCCGUCACUUCCAGAACCGAGUUUAUACUGAGAUCCGUCUGUCGGGAGGGUUCAAUUCGGUGAACUGGAAUACCAUAGAUAAUGCGAUGGAAAGGAACCUCACCAAUCACACCAGAGUUUGGAACGGAUGCUUGUCCAGUAUGGCAUUGGGCGCGGGCAGUUCGCCGCAACUAGUGGCAAGGGUGAGCUUGGAUGGUCUCACCCAAUUGAUCGCCGACACUGAGCCGCUGCCCUCGUCUCUGGACUCCAAGUACGUCGAUGACGACGGCCAAGAUGAUGCCGAGCCCACUGAUGCCGCCGCAGCCUCCACCGCCGCUCCUUAAUUCCAUCGUAUGUAAUCUAUUCCGGCCUGUUUCCACGGACUGAAAAAAUAAAUCAUCGGUGUAUUGCAAAAUAUAAUAAAAGUGGCGGCCGGCCUAUGUCAUGGCCGCAACGCGUCCGAUCCGUUCAUCAUCAGAUAUGUUUAUGUAAAAAUUCCUGAGAAUAAAUUAAGCUUUAUCCGCCCAUCUACUUCUAUCACCAUACACCAUAAAUACUUACUCAAGUUCUUAAAUAAAUGUAACCAUCAACCUUCCACACUUCUUGAGACACAACUUUGACCAUUAAUAUAAAUGAUUUUGUAUUAGUAACAAAAUUUUGUAUAUACUAAUGGUUAAAGUUGUAUCUCGUAAUGCGUGAAAGGUUGAUAGUUGUUCUUAUUUAAGAAAGCAUAUGUAAUAACGGAAUAGCUCCUCAUUGAAUCACUUAUUAAAGUGCUCGUUAUUUCCAUAUGUAAUAACGGCACCUUCCGUUAUUCAGUAUUACGAGGGAUCAAUGACAAACAAGUCACUCAUAGAGCAGUCCGUAUAUAGUACACUGAGUGUACGGGUGUCAAUAAAAAAUGGCCUAAUUAAGAAAGACAGUCCAUUUAAUAAAAAUAGCCUAAUUUUUUCAGGUGUCAUUUUGGUAAUUUUAGAGAAAAAUCACGUCUCCCGCUAAAUGAGCAAUAUUGUGCUUUUAGUGAGCA